GCACCACCCACCGUCAACCAUAAAAAGGGCAAGCAUAAACAAAUAAACUAAAAAAGCAAAGCAAGCUCAAAACUCACCAAAGAAUACAGAGUGAUAGAGAAAAGUUUCUGAGUGAAAAAAAAAGAAGAAAAACAUUCUCAGAGGGGUAAAAUAGCCCUAGUUUCAAGUGCAGAGGCGGUGCCUGGCAACCGCCUGCAAGGUUUUCUUCCAACCAACUUCAUCCAUUUGGAGGCGCAACAGUGAAAGGCCACGGAUUAUUGGAAGGGAAUUGAAUGACACUACUCGGGCCUAGCGCCCCUGGCAUGGCCUUUAUGAUGAAAAAGAAGAAGUACAAGUUCAAUGUGGAAGUGCAGCUGCAGGAUUUAGUUGAGGUUGCCCUCGUCAAUGAGGUGCUCUUUGCCAAGAUACGUCUACUGGAUGGCGGCUCAUUUCAGGAGUACAGCAGUCGAGAGGAAGUGAAAAAUCAUCGCGUGGAAUGGAAUCGCAGCUUUGAGUUUCCCUGCAAAAUGAGCGCAAAUGCCUCGACGGGUGUGCUGGAUCCCUGCUUCUUGCGCAUCUCCAUUCGAAAGGAGAUGAAGGGCGGUCGCAGUUACUAUAAGUUAGGCUUUAUCGACCUCAAUCUUGCCGAAUUUGCCGGCGCCGGUCUCACAUCGCGUCGCUUUCUCCUCGAGGGCUAUGAUUCGCGUCAUCGUCUCGACAAUUCCAUGCUGAGAGUAAGCAUCAAAAUGCAUAUGCUAAGCGGUGAUAUACUCUUCAAGGCACCCACCCCGAGUCUAAAGAGCAAACAGACGAAGCCCUCCAUGGAUGAUCUGACGAAUGCCGCCACCGGAGUGGGUCUGCAAACGCCAACGGCUACGGCGUUGCCCAGCAUCGGGAGUGGGAGUGGUGGCAAUGCCAUUCCCCUGGGCGGCAGUGGAGCCACACUGGGCGGCGUCUCCAGCAACCAGUCGCUGCCUGGAACGCGACCCGUGUCGGCCACCAAGGAGGAGGAGCUCGACCCGCAAGCUCUGAUAGCGGCCAUUGUGACGGACUCUGGCCUGUCGGAGUCCUCGGAGUCGGCGGUAACGCUUACCACGGAUAAUCUGCAGCAGCAUGCCGCCGCCGCUGCCUCCAAUGCCAUCACACCGCUGCCCCAUGCCCUCACAGGACUGGGGAUCAUUGGUAGCAAUAAUUAUGGCACCACAGGCGUCUCGGGAGUAGGCGGUGGCGUCGGCGGCGGCAAUGCAGUCAACACAGCCGCCCUGAUGGAAAUGGGUCAUUCGAGGAAUUCCAGUAAUACUAGUCAAAUGUCAAAGGGUUCGGGUUAUAGUAGUUUUUCGCACAGUCAACAUUCGAGGCAAAGUUCCGAGGGCGAUUCGGGGCAUGCUAGUCGUUUUAGAAAAUCCGUUUCUCUACUCAAUAGACUCAAUCAGAGGGCAAUAAAUGCCAUGAAAUUGAAUAUACCACAUGGCCGGAAAGGUCACGAGAAGGAGAAGCAGCAGCAGCAGCAGCAGCAGAAGGAGCAACAACCAAAAGUGGUGGGCCUUGUUGCCCCAACCAGCCACCAACAUGCGCACCAGACGACCCACCUGAGCCUCACCACCACCAUUGAGUAUGUGAGCGAGGAGCAGUUGUAUUCGACACCAAAUGCCACCAUGAACACUGGCCAUACCCUGCACUUUGAUGAAUUUCACACGCCGAUGGCAGAGAUACCUGUGGAGCCACAGUUCCAGCCGGUAGCGACAACCACACAGUAUUACGACAGCGGAGAGGCCAGCGACACGGAUGAGUACAUGAAUGAGGAUUCGGGGGACAAUGAUUCGGGCCUAGAGGAGAACUAUCACACACCGCGAGUGGCCAAGAUCAAGUCCAUGGAGAAUCUGUCGAUACUGGAAAUGGAAUUCCACAAGGCAUCCAUGGAACUGGAUCGCAACUCCCCGCGACGGCUCAAGCAGCUGGCCGAGCACGCCAAGAUACCCAAGAUGAAGUCGCUGAAUAAUCUCUGCUUUGACGACUACUCGGAGCAGGAUGUGCGCGAGGAGUUCCAGCGCAUACAUGAUCAGUCGAUGGAGGAGCGACUGCGCUUCCAGCAGCAUCACCAUUUCGGUACGGGGCUGCGCAAGAACUCCACCGCCUCGAAUGGAUCCUCGGGGAAGCUGUAUGUGAAGCAUCAGACGCACCAGAGCCACCACAUCAAGGUGGGCAAUGCCAAGUUCAUCGGACAGGAUGGCAACGAUAGUCCACAGAGCCCGCACUAUCCCAUACAGAAGAUGCGCUCGAUGGGCACCAUUCCGGACGUUGUGAGCGAACGCAUCGAGGCGGAUCCCUUCCUUACGCCCACCACCGAAAGAAAACCGAGUUUCCCGCGCUUGAUACAGUCGGCUGAGAAGCCAGCCCUCGGCUCCAGCUAUGUGAAUCGGCUGCUCAACUACGACGUGGUGGAUUCCCCAGCGGAACUGCUGGCCAACUCCGUAUCCUUUAUGUCGCGCACACCCUUCGAGCGGGCCUAUCGGCGUAACAUCCUGCAGGGCACUUCCUCGACCCCACUGGCCACACAGGAGACCUACAUCGUUCGGCCACAUUCCACGAAUGCUGCCUACGAGCUAAUGAGAAGCUUCAGUGGAGUUCCUCGUCGCCUCUUCGAUGGCAACAACAGCAACAGCAGCAGCGGCGGCGGCGGCGGCGGCAACAAUUGCCAGAACAGCAACAACAUUUCUGGGAGCGGCAGCAACAGACAGCAGCAGCAGCAGGCUGGAGGCAAUACCAGCACUUGCUAUGUGCUGGGCUCCAGCUGUUCACCGUGUGGAACCCUCGCAAGCAUACACUCGAAUCACUCGGCCUCCUCGUCGAAUGGAAGCAACAGCAACAGCAGCAGCAGCGGGGCAGUCAUUACCUUCCAGUGCAACUCGAGCUGCGGCCAGGACACUGUGGAUGGCCCGGUAUCCUACUCCCCCCAGCAGCAUCAGCAGCACCAGCAGCAGCAACACAUGAGCGUGGGUUCCCCCAAUGGCCAUGGCAGCAGUCCACGGCUGGGCAACGUUAUGUCUGGGGAUGCCCUCAGUUCACUGGCCGCCAGUCCCACAGAUGCGUGCAGCAUACGCUCCAAUCCAUCGGCGGCCUCCCUGCUGCUCUCCACCUCUGCGGCGGCUGCCGAGGCCUCCGCUAUGGCCUCGGCCACCACGAUGUCCAUGUCGGGAGCAACGCUCUCGCCGCUGGCCACCACACAGAUCAUACGCCGCCCCAGCAUUCCCAUGAUGAAUCCCAGUUCCGGCUCGUUAGUUAUAAGUGAAACAGGAUCUCUAGAUCGCUCGAAAAGUAGCGGCGAGAAGCGCAAGAAGGGGGCACUGGAUGAUGGGCCCCGCGUUUCGGAUCGUGUGGAGGAGACGCGCGUAAAUCCCGACUCGUUAAUCGAUGAGAUUUUGAAGGAUACAAAACUGGAUCAGCUGGAGGAGUCGGCAGAGACCUCUGGCCUUCAGCUGUAUAUCGCGCGGGAUGGUACCGCCUCACUGGGCGGACACGAGGUGAAAUCCAGUGUCCGGGCGGGUGCCCUCAAGCAGGUGGUCAUGCAGGACAGAAGAUAGUAGCGUCCCUGUUUUGUAAAAUGUAUUAGAAGACUAACUAAGCAAGCAGAAAGUAAAGCUAAAGCUAAAGCAUAACUAAAUGUACUAGUUUAAGAUGUGUGCAAAAAUACGUUUACUUGCAACCUAAAAGUGAGAAUCAAUAUAUAUAUAUAUAUACAAUAUAUACGCUAUAUAUGUGGGUAUAUGAUGAAUGUAUGUCAUGUCGAAACAACAACACUACACUACUAUUGAAUGUAAUUUAUCUAUAGCUAUUAUCUAUACUAUAUAGUAUAUAUGUAUGUGUAUGCCUAUAUAUACGAUACGAUACGAUACGUUACGAUACGAUACAAGUGGAGUGUGUCCAGCCCCUCCCACGUUUCGAAAAGGAAAACCAAAAAACCAAAAAUCACAUGAACUACAACAGCUGCUUGCACUUUACAUAUAGCAAUACAAGAAGUAUAUGCAUGCAGAAUUAUUCACGUAGAGGAGAGAAUCUAAAAUCCAAUUUAUUCAUUUGCUAAAAAUUUUGAAUUAAUCUUUUGAUUUAUUGCUUCCAUAAGAGAGACAUCCAGUCUCAAUAUAAGAAAAUAUUCAAAUGAAAACCAAACGCAAAUCGUAAUCUGCUAAAAAAAAGAAACAAAUCAUACAUGCCAUACCCAUACCGAUACACAUCUACAAACAUAAUAUUGAAAUACCUUCAAAGUGUAAUCCCAAAUUGUAAUAAUCAUCGAAUCAAUCAAAAUGGUAAUAGUUUUCAUGUGAAAUAUCUCACGUAUGUAAUUUGCAUUUUGCUUUGACAAUAUUCACACACACACACACACCAACACUCACACAUAUGUAUGUAUGUAUGUAUUUAUUUUUUACUAUUCUUCACAAAGUUUUAACUUACUUUCACACACCCUACCACCCCCCAAAAUAUGUAAUUGUUGUACAUUUGCUAACUGGUAUUCUUAGCGUGUAGUUAGCAUUUUAAAUCAAGAGAAAUUGCAUCAUUGAAUCCGUUUAAGUAUCCACGUGUUUCGAUCAGAGAAUUUUUGUGUUUAAUAUUUUGUAUGAUAGAAAAACCGCAAAAGAAAACCGUAAGGGACAAAACAAAAAUGCAAUUAGUUAUUAGCCUGUAGUUUAUGUUGGAUACAAAAUAAUGUCUGUGUAAAAUUGCUUUAGUUAUUUUUUGAUAAUUUGUAAAAAGUGAAGCGGGGAGUUAUCGAAACGCUCGAGAGUUAGUUUUUUAAAUUGUACAAAAAAAAAACAGAAAAAAAUAAAUACAAAAUCCAUGGUUGAUGAUUGUCGAAUAUUUUCAGUUGGCCAAUUGUUGUUGUUGAAACCCAGAAAUGUGAAACACUCUAAUUUACUAUCGCCCCUACUGAUAUGAAAAAACAUGAUUUACCGUUAUCUUUGAAGCUACCUAAAGAUUAGUGAAACGUUUGAAAAGCUCAUGGAAGGUACCUUUUACUGAACCUCUUACUAGAUAGCAAACAGCAAUUGGCCAACUUAAUUGACAAAAUUUUUGUGAACAUUUUUGAGCUGAACUUGCGAAAAGUUUCAAAUACAAACCAACAACAGAAAAACAUGUGAAAAAUUCAAUUACCAAUAAUAAACAUGAAUAUAGUGAAAAAUGUA